AUGCUCGCCAACUCGGCGUCGCCCAAAACAUCGCUGCCCGCUCUGGCCGCGUAUAACGGUCCCACACAGCCUAUCCCGAAGAAAUCUCUCCAGAUUCGUACAGAUAAACCACGUCCCCAUGUGUGUACCAUUUGUACACGUGGGUUUGCCCGUUUAGAACACUUGAAGCGCCAUGAGAGAUCGCAUACGAACGAAAAACCAUUCCAAUGUGCUGCGUGUGGACGUUGCUUUGCUCGCCGUGACUUGGUGCUUCGCCAUCAACAGAAACUACAUCUGCACAUCGCACUGGUGGUACGUCCAGAUCUGGUGCUGGACGGCAGCCUCUCCCCUCCUAAUGAUCACAUCAUCAUUUUGCACAACAACACUAAUGCGAAAGCACCACUUCCCAACGAUCCUGUGGAGUCAGAUAGUGUGUCUGGUCGAGAAGCCCAAGUCUCGAGUAGGAAACCUUCAUCCCAACUUGAGACUCUUUCUCAGCCGCUCACGCAUGAAUCUUCACAGCCCCUUACCGAUAUGAACCAAUCUAUGGCUGUCCUGUCCCCUGAGUAUCACAAAGCACACUUCAGGCAAAAUUUUGGUUUUAUGCCUGCCCUUCAGGACCAUUCCAUGCCUUCUCCGCACACAACGUCAAGCCAUAACACGCCUUCAGGUGCAAGACCCACAGGCAGGUCCUCGGUGGAUGCAUCUAGUUUGAAUAUGGAACUCCAAGAACCCUCUCCGUUGACCGGUGACUCUCCCGAUUUGAAGGAAAAGAAGAAACUGGCAUGGAAUGCGUCAAUGGCGGAUAACAACCAUUCACAUCGACAUGCUUCCUUUUCUGCGGUCUCUGGUAUUUCUUACACUAACAUUAAAGAUGCUUUGUCUAUCGAGAGCCAUCAAAUUUCUGGAGCACCGACACAGGUGGGUUUCGCUACUCCGCAACUUACAGCGGCAGAAAUCGAUUCGAAGGGACUUCUGUCUGUAGACUUUGGAUCUUUAGACUUGGAAUGGUACAAUAAUAAUUUCCAAGAUAGCUUGAAGGAUGGCAAAGUUGGUUACCGACUGAAACUAGACACCAUCCCUUCCGAGUCACAGUUGGCUGGAAAUGGACAUGGCCAAACUCCUUUUUUUGCCGACUCCGUUAUGGCUGCCCAUCAGUUUCAAGAUCCAAGCCACCCACAUCAUAUACCGGGAACCACGCCACUUGAAUUUUCUUUUCCAUCAACCACAAACCUUCAGCAGUCUUUGUUCAACGAUGCGGAUAAAGAGUUUUCUAUUAAUGGUACCGGAAUAGUUAAUAUGACGGGAGAAAUUGUCGGUUUAAACAAGGAUAUCGACGCGACAAAACAAAACACGCGCAAGCAUCAAUCUGCGUCGCCUUUAUCUCGCACGGAUUCUAAAAAGCCUAAGAUCGGUUUCUCUAAUGACAUUGAUGAUCUAAAUUGGGUCAAUGAGUUCAAAGCUAUCCCGCUCCUUGAUGACUUGCCCUCCGCAUCUCAUGAUACAGGCUUUCUGGGAAUGCCAUUCAUAGCAGACCAGUACGAACCUGACGAGGUUGUGUCGUUAUUCAAAUUACGACAAGAGGAUUUGGUAAAACAGCGGAGUCAAAUGGACUUGAGUGUACUUUCUCCGCAAACUUCUGAAAGGCUGACAUCAUCUGCACCAAGGUCCAGUUCUAGAGUCAAAUUUACUAUAGGAGAAUCCUCCGACUUUAUUACAGAGGAACUUCGGGCUAAAAUUGUGAUGUCUAGCAAUAUGACGGAUUCCCAGAUUCCCCCAUUGGAGGACUUGAACUCUUACAUUAAUCUUUACGAGAGUGAAUUCAACACUUACUUUCCGUUCAUUCACAUUCCAACGUUGCGAAACCCAAUGGUUGACAACUUUGAAAAUAUUCCUCUCAUAUUGGCAAUGUGCUCUAUUGGAGCUCUUUAUUCCUACCACGACAGUAACACAUUGCUUCUUUUUAACUUGUCGAAGUAUCACAUUUAUAAUUUUUUCGAAAAGGAGGUUACAGCCGACAAGUUGCAAUUCAAAAAGGUUCCAAUAAUGGCUCAUCAAAGUCUUGUGUUGCAUAUUUUCAUCUCUAUGUUUUUAAAUGAACCAAACCUGGCUGAAAUAACAUUAAGGCAAAUGACGUCCAUGGUGGGAUUGAUCAAAUCGACGAACUUCCAUCGUCCUUUGGAACUUUUUUUGGUUCCUCCUCCUACUAUCACCAAUCCUAAUGAUCUAAGCAUCAUCCAAAACAAUUUCGACUACUUUAUUAUGGUCCAAACACGGAUUCGUACCAUUCAAACGUUCUACCAGUUAGAAGUAUUGCGUAGUGCGUUACUUGGCACACACCUACCAAUGCGAGGAUCAGAAAUCCUAUCUGGCUCUCCCUGUAAGGACGAACUGUUAUGGAAAGCCAAGAACGCCACAGAGUGGUAUACCCAUUACAAAAAAUACGGCUCUGUUCCACUCCUGAAAAUUGCCAAUAAUGAGUCUAUGGAGUCUCUCAUUCAAGAAUUGAAUACUGGAUGUAAUUCCAGAGAUGUUGGUAAUUUGAGUAAAUCCAUGUCGAUGUUGAUGAUUGCUCAUGAACAGAUACUGGCCGCAUAUUUGUCACAUAAGGCGAAUAACUUGCCAUUUGAUGCGUUGGAUUGGAGGGUCAACUCACGCCCUAAGCUUGAGAGUUUAUUGAAACUGUGGGAGGCAAGCUUCGUUAUCAAUGGAGGAUUCAAUGUGGUGAAUAAUUACAACCAUCAUUUGCUCAAUAGCAGUCAUCAACUCAAAUUGUUGUUCCCCUUACUUUCCUUAGCAAAAAUCAGAAUUUGCUUGAAUAUUGCACCUGUGAUGGAUAAAGCACUUCGAAAGGACUGGAAAGGGGAUGAAUGA